AUGUUCCUGCAGCCUAGAAUAAUUCUGCUCGUUCUACACGCGACAGUCGCAACCGGGCACCAUUUCACCUAUUCCUCUAGUCCUGUGGUAAGCACCUACGCACAAUUCGUCGUCACUUUGUUGGAUCGACACUACGCAUCCAAAUAUUCAUCCACGCUUAUCGGCUACUGCGCCAAGGACAGCAUCUCCAAUAGUUAUCUGCAAAGAGAUGUACUGGACAGAAUGCUGCUACACAAACCACCAGAAAUCGCCUUGAAGUUUGGAACGCCUACCGAACUGCAUGGUCGCCGUUACUACUACAACCUGUUUCUGAUCGACGGAUAUCAGGCGUUCCGCACCAUUACAGCUCGGCUGGAUCCGGUCUUGCAUGAGUUUACUGGUUAUUAUAUGAUGGUAGUGACAUCUUUGUACAAUCUGGAAAACCACAAACUGCAGCAGAUGUUUACCGAUCUUUGGGCGCUGAACAUCAUCAAUGUGGUCAUAAUUACGACUGGUUUCAAAGAUGAAUCUUCUGAUUUUCGGGUGUAUACCUAUUUCCCGUACGUCGAAAACUACUGCGGGCACGCACAUCCGGUAUUGCUGUAUCAGACUAAAAGUAAUUACAGCCUCAUUCCAGCGGUUAACAUAUUUCCCUAUAAAUUGGCCAACUUUCAAAGAUGUCCGAUCUACGUCGCAAGUUUCGACUAUCCUCCGUACACCAUAAUUCAGAGCCAGCGUCUGAUCGGAGUGAAAGGCGAUAUGCUGAAUGAGAUAGCACAGAGACUGAACUUCAGUCUGCACGUAGUGCCGGUGCAAGGUGACAUGAAGUGGGGAGUAAUCUACGGCAAUGAUACGACCACAGGUGCAGUGCGGAUGGUCCUCGACGAAGCAGUCAACCUAACUGCCGGGUCGUUCUCGCUGCGAGCCGAGCGAUCGGCACUGAUGAAACCGAGCGUAAGCUACUACACAAUACGGAUAAUCUUCACCGUUCCACCGGGACGUCCUUACACGGCCUUCGAGAAACUCUUCCGACCGUUCGCGGCCAACACGUGGACUAUGAUAAGCUUGUUACUGCUGUUCGGUUUAACCGUAAUUUACACGUUGAAGUUCUACUCCCGCCCGAUUCGUAACUUCGUCUAUGGUCGAACCGUUCUUAUGCCAGCCCUGAACAUGUUAAACAUUUUCUUCGGAGGUUCCUCCAGUCGCACACCCGGAAGAAACUUCGCCCGAACGUUGCUCUUUCUGUGGCUUUACUAUUGCUUCGUGAUGCGGUCACUGUACCAGAGCUCCCUGUUCGAGUAUUUGCAGCAGAAGAAAAACUACACCCACUUGGACACGCUGAAGAGAAUUGAAGCCGAACAGAUGCCCUACUGGAUGUCACCGGGAGCUGUCAUAUUUGUCAGUGGACUGAAAUACAUCCUGAAACGGACAACGUUCAUUUCCGAUAAAAACGAACUAGUUACCGAAGCCUUUCAUCGGCAGAGCACUACCGAGCUGCAGGUAGCCAUACUGGCCACCUUUGAUCACGUCGCCUACUACAACGAACGAUUCUACAAGCGGGGGAUUGUUCACGUCACAAGGGACACCAUUUUGCGGCAGCCGAUCGGUCUGUACUAUCCUAAAAAGUCCUGCUUAACUGGAAAGUUUGAUACGGAGAUCGGAAAAAUUCAGAUGGUCGGACUGUUUGACUAUUGGCUGCAUCAGUAUGUGGGGUAUCGGUUUUUUACCCGAAGGAGGAGGGACUACAACCCGCUGCCAACGGUCCUGACCAACGAACACCUGCUCGGUUGCUAUCAGGUGCUGCUCUGUUCGCUCGGGAUAGCUUGCGGCGUUUUCGGGCUGGAACUGCUUUCGACCCGAUGCCGCCGGUUGAAACGGUUGCUGGAGUUUUUGAUGUGA